AAGACUUUUCACAUGUCACUUAUCACGUGAUCUAUUGUUGCUUUAUAAACACCUUUAACGCUCGUCGCGAUUCCAUUGUUGUUUAUUUCCGCCCGGUGAGACAGUUCAGAGAGUACAAGGAACGCUGUCAGCAGACAAAACACAGAAUGUGGCGACUAGCCUUCCUGUGCGUGAUCUCCGCCCUCUCGGUCAGCUGGGCUCGACCGCGGCUCGCUCCUCUCUCACAUGAGAUGGUCAAUUUCAUCAAUAAAGCAAACACUACUUGGAUGGCUGGACACAACUUUCCUAAUGUUGACUACAGCUAUGUAAAGAGGCUCUGUGGGACUUUUCUGAAAGGACCCAAACUCCCUGUCAUGGUGCAGUAUGCUGAUGACCUCAAGCUCCCUACUAACUUUGAUGCUAGAGAACAGUGGCCCAACUGCCCCACUACUAAAGAGAUCAGAGACCAGGGUUCUUGUGGUUCAUGCUGGGCUUUUGGUGCUGCUGAAGCAAUCUCGGACCGGGUGUGUAUCCAUAGCAAUGCCAAAGUGAGUGUUGAGAUCUCCUCUCAAGACCUGCUUACCUGCUGUGACAGCUGUGGCGAUGGAUGUAAUGGUGGCUACCCAUCUGCUGCCUGGGACUUCUGGAGCACAGAAGGCUUGGUGACUGGUGGACUCUACAACUCUCACAUUGGCUGUCGCCCAUACACUAUUGAGCCCUGUGAGCAUCAUGUGAAUGGCAGUCGCCCGCCCUGCACCGGAGAGGGUGGAGACACACCCAAAUGUGAGAUGUCAUGUGAACCUGGCUACAGCCCCCCUUACAAGCAGGACAAGCACUUUGGAAAGACUUCCUACAGUGUCCCAUCUAACCAGGAGGCGAUUAUGAAGGAGCUGUACAAGAAUGGCCCAGUAGAGGGAGCUUUCAUUGUUUAUGAGGACUUCUUACUGUACAAGUCUGGUGUAUAUCAGCAUGUGAGUGGAUCUGAAGUAGGUGGCCAUGCUAUUAAAAUCCUGGGUUGGGGAGAGGAGAAUGGCACCCCCUACUGGCUAGCUGCUAAUUCCUGGAAUACUGACUGGGGUGAAAAUGGUUUUUUCAAGAUUCUCCGAGGUGAGGACCACUGUGGCAUUGAAUCUCAGAUUGUGGCUGGAAUACCCAUGUAAUUUCUUCACAAAUUGGGGAGAAGAGACAUGGAGAAAUGAGCGCCCUCUUCAAAGUGAAUACAUAGGAUGUUUAAGAGGACUGCCAUCCUAUGGCCAUGAUACAUUGACGAAGUAUUGUUAAUUCACUGACCGCUGGGUUUGAUAAGAAAUGAACUUUUAAGAUGAUCAUACUGAAAAUAAUACAUUUUUAGAAGUUUUUGAAUUUGAGAGACUUCAUGCACAACUACUGAAUCUGUCACUGUAGUGCAAGUCUUAAGUCUAGUUUUAGACUACAGUCAAAUCAUUUUAGCAUAACUUGAUGCUCUCUUUAAGACACUAUCCAGUACUUUUUUAAAGAUUUGUUCAAUGGUUUUUUAAAUGAUUUUGUAUUUGAGUUUUAAUGCCUUUUUGUCUCAAAUGUAAUAAGUAAAAAUGUAUACAAGAUCCUAAAACAGUUGUCUGGAUUUUCUCUCUUGCAUUUAAGAGGGAGACAUUUCAAAGUCUUAAUUUUGGAUCUGUGCAAAACUAAAAAUCUGCCAUUUAUGUAUAACCUUUUAUUGAAAGGAAACCCCAAAGUCUGCCAUCUAGAUUUUAUUUACUUGGAGUAGAAACUGAGUUCUGCAAAUCUCUACGCUUUCAUUGAUUCAAAUUGUUUAUACCACAGGUCUGUUGAAUGCUUUAUUCGGACUGGUUUAUGGACGUUCUAAGGUGUGCAAUAAUUUUUCUUCAAGUAAACGUACAGCUAUGAACUAGUUCCAGGUCUUGACUGCAUAACAUUUCCAUAUCACUUUGCCAGAUUAUUUCAGUUAUUUCAAAGAGCCCUACAGGCUACCACAACAAAAUAAACAAUUAAAACAAA